AUGGCUCUUCCCCCCAGUCCCUUGGCUAUGGAAUAUGUUAAUGACUUUGACUUGAUGAAGUUUGAAAUAAAGCGGGAGCCCUCUGAGGGCCGGUCCGGAGUCCCCACGGCCUCACUGGGCUCUACACCGUACAGUUCAGUGCCUCCCUCACCCACCUUCAGUGAGCCAGGCAUGGUGGGCAACGGCGAGGCCCCUAGGCCCGCAGGCCUGGAGGAGCUCUACUGGCUGGCCACCCUGCAGCAGCAGUUGGGGGCCGAUGAGGUUCUGGGGCUGAGUCCUGAUGAGGCUGUGGAACUACUGCAGAGCCAGGGCCCGGUCUCUGUAGAAGGGCCUCAUGGCUACUAUUCAGGGAGCCCAGGAGAGACAGGAGCCCCGAAUGUGCAGUUGCCCGAGAGAUUUUCAGACGCCGCGCUGGUCUCGAUGUCGGUGCGCGAGUUGAACCGGCAGCUGCGGGGCUGCGGGCGCGACGAGGCUCUGCGGCUGAAGCAGAGGCGCCGCACGCUCAAGAACCGCGGCUACGCGCAGGCCUGUCGCUCCAAGCGGCUGCAGCAGCGGCGCGGGCUGGAGGCCGAGCGCGCCCGCCUGGCCGCACAGCUGGAUGCCCUACGGGCGGAGGUGGCCCGCCUGGCUCGAGAGCGCGACCUCUACAAGGCCCGCUGUGACCGGCUGACUUCCGGUGGCCCUGGGUCCGACGACCACACACACCUCUUCCUCUGAGCCACUAGGGGAGUGGGGUGGCGGUUUGGCAAGUGGCUGGGUUGAUGGCCAUGGUACAGGAGAGGAAGGCCACUAACCAAAUCGCUACCUGUGGUCCUGUAUGUCCAUACAAACAUCCCCAAACUUCUGACCCUCGUGGCAUGCCAGAAGUUAGAUGCUGGUCCUUUGCUGGAGACGAGUCCCCUUCCCUUUUGCAGGUCACGACUCUUCAUGAUUUAGGGUACUGAAUUCUGUAGGGGCUAGUGCCUGUACUGAGGGUG